CGUGUCUACGCGGCCGCGACCGUUUGGUUUAGAUGCUGCUCGCCGGAUCCGCGUCCUCCGGGAAGCCUGGUGCUGACCACUGUGCCUCUCUUCUUCCUCCGAGUUCCUAUGAUUUACCGCGUGCCUCCCGAUAGUUGAGGAGGUGACAGGAAAACAAUCUGGCAUCAGGGAAGGACCCACGGCAGGAGUGAGGGAAACUGAAGAGAAGUUGGACGUCGCGCGGGCUCCAUAAGUGCCUAUGGAUUAUGGCAGGAAAAGUGAAAUGGGUCACUGACAUCGAGAAGUCGGUGCUGAUAAAUAACUUUGAGAAGAGAGGAUGGGUCCAAGUGACAGAAAACGAGGACUGGAAUUUUUACUGGAUGAGUGUGCAAACCAUCCGAAAUGUUUUUAGUGUCGAAACGGGCUAUCGGCUCUCCGACGAUCAAAUAGUCAACCAUUUUCCGAACCACUACGAACUGACACGGAAGGAUCUGAUGGUGAAGAAUAUUAAAAGAUACAGGAAGGAGCUGGAGAAAGAAGGCAGUCCCCUGGCAGAAAAAGAUGAAAAUGGGAAAUACCUCUAUCUGGACUUUGUUCCGGUCACCUAUAUGCUGCCCGCCGACUACAACCUGUUCGUGGAGGAGUUCAGGAAGAGCCCCUCCAGCACCUGGAUCAUGAAACCUUGCGGCAAAGCCCAGGGAAAGGGCAUCUUUCUGAUCAACAAGCUCUCGCAGAUCAAAAAGUGGUCCCGGGACAGCAAGACAUCUUCGUUCGUGUCCCAGUCCACCAAGGAAGCCUAUGUGAUCUCUCUCUACAUUAACAACCCCCUACUCAUCGGCGGGAGGAAGUUCGACCUGCGCCUGUACGUGCUGGUGUCCACGUACCGCCCGCUGCGCUGCUACAUGUACAAGCUCGGCUUCUGCCGCUUCUGCACCGUCAAGUACACGCCAAGCACCAGCGAGCUGGACAACAUGUUCGUCCACCUCACCAACGUCGCCAUCCAGAAACACGGGGAGGACUACAACCACAUCCAUGGGGGCAAGUGGACAGUGAACAACCUGCGGCUCUACCUGGAGAGCACCCGUGGCAAGGAGGUGACCAGCAAGCUGUUCGACGAGAUCCACUGGAUCAUCGUGCAGUCGCUGAAGGCCGUGGCGGUGAGUUCCAGCAGCGCGAGGGGAGAGGGCCGGGAGCCUGGAGCUGAGAGCGAAGCAGAAAGCACAAAGCCUCCGGUGAUGAACAACGACAAGCACUGCUUCGAGUGCUACGGCUACGACAUCAUCAUAGACGACAAGCUGAAGCCCUGGCUGAUUGAGGUUAAUGCGUCCCCAUCUCUCACCUCCAGCACCGCCAACGAUCGGAUCCUCAAGUACAACCUGAUUAACGACACCCUCAAUAUUGCAGUCCCCAAUGGUGAAAUUCCAGACUGUAAAUGGAACAAGUCACCCCCAAAGGAAGUUCUUGGCAAUUAUGAAAUUCUGUACGACGAAGAGCUGGCGCAGGGUGACGGGGCUGACCGAGAGCUGAGAAGUCGUCCUGGCCAGUCGCUAGGACCCAAAGGGGGCCGAUCGAGAGACUCGGGAAGAACCGUCCUCACAACCUGGAAGUGACCUCCAGCGAGAGCAGAAGACUCCGCCUGGGCCCCUGCCGAAACCUCUCACGCACCCGGGCCCUUGCUGCAGACCUGUUUUGAAAUUUCCCUUUUCUAGAGCUUUUUCCUUUAAGCCCUGUAAAUAAUAAAGGACUUCUUUGGAAGGUGAAGGAGUCUA